CAACUAAUCUGUAGAAAUCGAUUUCUACAGGUUUUUAGAAUUAUAGUAAUAUAUAGAUUUUGAUUUCUACAUGUUUUAGAUUUACAGUAAAUCUGUAGAAGUCGGUUUCUACGUGUUGUAGAUUUAUAUUAAUGUGUAGAUUUUGAUUUCUAAAGAUUUUAGAUCGGUUGGUUAAGCGCGAAAUGUAUAUUCUAAAUAUUUUUAGAAUACUCUUAUUUACGUAGAUCACGUAUUCUAAACAUUGUAGAUUCAAUGAAAAAAGUGGAUUUUGUUUUCUACUUCGCAGAAUGCAAUUUUUACUUUAUUUAGAAUAUAAUCUGAAAUUUAUGAUUUAAACAUUUUUAGAACUGAAAAAAAUACCACUAAGUUCAUAUUGGUAUUUUAUCAAAAGUUACUAUUUUUUCAAUUUUCUUUUGUUUGUAAAACUAUUUAUUAAAUUUAUUUUCAAAAAUAUUAAAGGAUGUUAUGGGCAAAAAUGACAUAAAAUAGAUAUUAGUCUAAAUGGACAUAGUUAUCAUUUUUUUGCUUUAAAAAAAUAAUUUUCCCUAAAAUUGAUAAGACAAAUGAUAGAUGCUCAUCAACAUAACAAGAACAAGUUCAUAUGGCUUAAUCACACAUUGUUUCCACAAGAAAGAUAGAGAUUAGCAUAAUCUUGUCUUUCAUACAACAUUUUUUGAUCCAAGUGUUAACUAGAGAAAUAUCUGAGAAUAUCAGUUUGGAUCCCUAGAGUUUUGGAUUCACUUCAACAUUUGUCAACAAAUGAAAUAUGGAAUAAAAAUAUUUCAAUUUUAUUUAAUUUUUACUCUAUAAUGGAAUAAUGGAUAAAUAAAAAAUUAAUGAUUAUAUUUAUGAAGAAAAUCUCAUUAUGGAGUGAGAAAUAGAAUAAGAUUUGAGUAUUUCUUUUACUUCAUAUUCUAUUUUAGUUUAUUUUGGUUGAUCCAUCAAAAUUCCUUACAUAUUGCCUUGGGAAAUGCCACACCAAAUUAACCCGCUGACCCAUCAAAAUUCCUAUUUUUGUUGCCAAUGUCUCGCAUGUCUUUGUUGAAAAUAUUAAGGCUUCGAAUUUUUACAACCGCCUCGUUCCGUACCGCAGUUAACAAUAACAAAAAUCUUUACAUAUACUAUAUAUUUAUACGUUUUUAUAACUGUUAAAACCGUACCGUAGUUGAACUGUUUAUCCCGCACCGUUCAAUCCACAGUUACUAUUCGAAGUCUAAAUGGUUGUGUGUACAAUAUUCUUCCCAUAAGAAUAUAGGUUUGAUCAAAAGAAAAUUGAUCAGAAAAAAAAAAGAAUAUAGGUAUGUGUGGUGGCCUCGUGAUCAAUCACUUUGACAAAGUCUUGUGGAAAAUGACUUUUAGUCAAAGAUUUCACUUGUUUUCUUUAGGAAAAUAAGUACACAUCACUUUCAUGCUUUCUCUAUUUUUGGUUGAAUGUCAAAUUCUCGUGUUAUUUUAUUUGAUUUUUUUUCUCCUCACCAGUCACACUAACAUUUGGGCAGCGUCAAGUCCAUGAACUAUUCUUUUUUUUUUUAAAUUGGUGCAGUGUUCCAAAAAAAUUAAAUACCAUGCACAAAUGUCGGACUCUAAAAUCUACGCAUUGUUUUUUGGAACACUACUCUACUCUAAAAUCUACAUGCACAUUUUCUCAUUAUAAUAGUCUUUUUCCCUUUUACCAGAUUCUUAUACCAUAUAUAUAUAAUUACUUUUUGAGUAUGUUAUCAUUUCUAUCAAAUAGAUAUUUAUAUACAAAGAAUUUUUUUUUUUUUUGAGAUUUGACCAAAAUAAUGUUUGUAGUUGCGUAUAAUAGUGUUAUGUCUUAAGACUAGCAUAACAUCUGAUAAAAACUGUACAUCAUCGGAUAUAAUUGCAAUCAUAAGCAUGAAUAAUACGUGCACAAAACUUUUAAUAAAAGCAUCACCAACUCAUAAAUAUUUUUGUAUUUAAAUGCUAUAAUAGAUAAAAAAAAUUACUUUUUUCCUCUAAAUAGAGAUUGAUUUUUCUUCUUUUAUAUUUAGAGAAAAAUAGCAUCCUGCAUUAAUACUGCAGAUGUAAUUUCUUUAAUAUAUAUUUGGGUAAUUAUAAAAGAAAAUUAUGAAUGAUAGACAAUCUAAAUCUGCAGAAGUAAAACUGUAAACCAUGUUGGUUUGAUUUAAUUUACUGCAGACCGAAAACCUGUAGAAUUCGGUCGAUAAGGGGACGUCAAAGGAAACUUUAACCCAUUAGUCCAAUUUUUUCCUUCGCAAAACCAUUUGUCCAAUUUUUUGAAAAAUAUAUAAAAAUAAAAGAGCAUUGAAUCACUAGAUUAACUAAAGUUUAAUUUCGUCUUCAAGAAUUGUUAACAAAAAAUCUCCACUUUGACCACUUAAACCAGCUGUAAUUGUUUUGCUUUGGUGACCAAAAAAAACACACACUCAUUUUUAUUUUUAUAUUCACCGCGCGCGCGCUCUCUCUCUCUCCAAUAUACUAAUGAAGUUAAUCCACAUGUGGAGAAGAGUAAAAGGCUUAUGGAAAGAAAAAUAAAAAUAAGUUUUUCAUUGACUUGGGCGUUUCCUAUACAUAUGCAAUAAAUAUGUCUUUGUCUUUGAUAAUUACAGAACCAGAGAACUCUUUUUCUUUCUCUUCUUCUCUCUUUCAAAAAACAAAACCAAACUUCCUCAAGCAAAACACAUAGAUUAGCUAAGGACUGAGAGAGAUCGGAGAGAGAUGGGGAGAGCUCCAUGUUGUGACAAGGAAAAUGUAAAGAGAGGUCCAUGGUCUCCUGAAGAAGACGCAAAGCUUAAAGACUACAUAGAGAAACAAGGAACUGGUGGGAAUUGGAUAACUCUCCCUCGGAAAGCUGGUUUAAGGAGAUGUGGGAAGAGUUGCAGACUGAGAUGGUUGAAUUAUUUGAGACCAAACAUAAGACAUGGAGAUUUCACUGAGGAAGAAGACAAUAUUAUCUGCAGCCUCUUUGCCUCCAUCGGAAGCAGGUGGUCAGUAAUAGCAGCUCACCUGCAUGGUAGAACUGAUAAUGACAUCAAGAACUAUUGGAACACUAAGCUUAAGAAGAAACUCAUUGCCACUAUGGCUCCUCCACGACAUCAUCAUCUCUCAGCCAUUGCUUCAUCAUCAUCAUCAUCACCAUCACCAUCAUCACACUACAACAUGAUCAAUAGUCUUCUUCCUUAUGACCCCUCAAUAUCUACAAACCAGCUGAUCACGCCUCAUCGGGGGAUGAUGACGAUGAUGGGCCGACAACAACAACUAUUAUACCAAGAAGACAUGGGCAGUUUGGUAAAUUCUCUAGACAGCAACAAGUUCGUAAUGAGCCAUCAAGACGACAGCCAGAAGCAAAGUGCAAAUAAGGGAAUAAUGUUGUUGAGUGAUGUAAGAAGUGGGUCAAGUACAACAAGUACAGUAACAAGAGUGAAGAUGGAGCAUCAUGAUUAUCAUCAUGAAGAAACUGAGAGAUCAAUGGAAGGUUAUGGAAUGGAUGAGAUAAAUCAUUUAAUAAGUAGUAGUUGUACGAGUAGUAGCAAUAGCUUGUGGUUUGAUGAAAGCAAAAGAGAGGAUAAGUUCAUGUUGUAUUAUUGAUCUCUCUCACAUACGUUGAUCCAAUCUCCAUAUUCUCUCCUUUUUUCUCAAAACUAAAAAUAAAUUAUUAAAAAUUUGUUUUUAUUA